CAACAUUACACUUUGUGAACUCGUUGAAAACUGUAUAGUUACUUUCAACAUUGGUAUUGAACAACAUGGCAUCAAAUAAUCAAUUUGUAACAUUUAAUAAUGGUCAAGAGUAUCCAAUUUUAGGAUUUGGAACAUGGAAGUCGAAACCUGGAGACGUUGAAGAAGCAGUGAAAGUUGCAAUUGAUACAGGUUACAGACAUUUUGAUUGUGCAAUGUUUUAUGGAAAUGAAAAAGAAAUAGGAGAUGCUAUUAAUCAGAAAAUUGAUGAAGGUGUAGUAGUUCGUGAAGAUUUGUUCAUUACUAGUAAAUUAUGGAAUAUUUUUCAUCAACCUGAUAUUGUCGAAAGUGUAUUAAAAAAAACUUUAUCAGAUUUACAAGUUGAAUAUUUAGAUUUAUAUUUGAUUCACUGGCCUAUGGCUUUCAAAGAGGGCGGAUUAAAUGAUGAUUUCAUUCCAAAAGACGAUGAUGGUGCCACAAUUGAAGGUAAUGGUUCAUAUAUUGAUACAUGGAAAGCAAUGGAAGAAUUGGUAGAAAAUGGCCUAACGAAAUCAAUAGGUGUUUCAAAUUUUAAUAAAAGACAAAUUCAAGAAAUAUUAGACGUAGCUACCGUGAAACCUGUAAACAAUCAAGUUGAAUGCCAUCCUUAUUUAACCCAAAAAAAAUUAAAAGAGUUUUGUGACGAACACGAUAUAAUAUUAACUGCAUAUAGUCCACUAGGAAGUCCAGAUAACCCAUGGAAAAAACCUGAAGACCCGACUCUCUUAGAAGAUCCGAAAAUUAUGGAAAUCGCAGACAAAUAUAAUAAGACUUCAGCUCAGAUAUUAAUAAAAUACCAAAUUCAAAGAGGAAUUAUGGUUAUUCCAAAAUCUGUAACUAAGAGUCGUAUUGAAUCCAACUUUGAUGUAUGGGAUUUUGAACUUGAACAAGAGGAUAUCGAUCAAAUUGAUACAUUCGAUUGCAAUGGUCGUUUUGUGCACAUGAAGGGGAACAUGCAUUUUAAGGAUUAUCCAUUCAAUGAUGAAUAUUGAAUUAAAUAUAUGUAGUUGAAAAGCGUUACUUUUUAGUUAAUCUACAUUUUAUUAAAUGUAUAAUGGACAUGAAUACAUUUUAUCACCAUAUAAACAUAAUUAAUAAUGUAUUUAAAUACUUUCUAAUAUAAUUUUACUUGAUAUACUCCUAUAAAUAAAAUAAACAACAUUCCUACCUACCUAGUACAUUUUUAAAAAAUAUUUUGUUUUUUUUUUUAAGCAUCUAUAUAAAAUGUAUGCUAAGUAGUUGGUAUAAUACUAUAA